AUGAUGCUUCAAUUAAUAAUUACUUUAUUUUGCUUUCUUCAAUAUAUAUCGGCACUUCCAAUACCCGAAGUUGUAACAAUAUAUCAUUAUGCUCCCACAAGCUAUGUAACAACUACCCAUUUUACAGGAACCACCACAGUCUUUUUACCUCCUGUCGGAAUUUUCGUUGAUUCAAAUGGAAACACAGUUAGUACAACUACUUUAACUGAGGAUGGAUGGAAUACUGCUCCAUCCCCUGCCCCGGCCCCUGCCUCUGUUCCUCCCAACAACAUUCAAGCAGACGAACCACCCGAAGAUCAAUUGUCUCUGGUACUGACCCCUUCCGAACAAGAACCACAGCCUGCAACUCAAGCACAACAGACUCAAGCUAGUCCAUCAACUUCCAGUCAAGUUCAGUCAACUACAUCUACUUCCACAACUUCUUCCAGCUCAACACCUUCCAUUACUUCUACUACUCCUACUACUUCCAUCACUUCCACUACUUCCACUACUUCCACUACUUCCCCUACUUCCAUUUCUUCAACCUUCACCACCACCACUUCUAUUACUUCAACCUCCAGCACAUCAACUUCCAUUAGUUCAACCUCCAGCACAUCAACUUCAACGCCUUCAACAACUUCAACCUCCACUUCCUCAUCCUCCACUUCCUCAUCCUCCACUUCCUCAUCCUUAACUACUUCAUCAACUACUUCAUCAUCAACUACUUCAUCUACGUCAACUACUUCAUCUACGUCAACUACUUCGUCCACUUCAACUUCUUCCACUCCCGAACCAAGUUCAACUGGUUCCAUUCCUGCUCCCGUUGGUAUUGUGUACUCCCCAUAUGCUGAUGAUGGUGGAUGUAAGACUCCAGAAGUAAUUACAUCAGAUUUGACCAUGAUUGCUGGUAAGGGAAUCAAGAAGAUUAGAUCGUACGGAACUGACUGUUACGCAAUAGAUGUUGUAUUACCAGUUCUGUAUGGAUUAGGAAUGGUUGUAAAUCAGGGAGUCUGGAUGGAAGAUGGGGUUGAUUCUAUUGAUUCUCAAAUCCAACAAAUUAUUGCAUAUGGUCAAACGAGUGGAUGGGAAGUUUUUGAGUUCAUAACUAUUGGAAAUGAGGCUAUUAAUUCCGGCUUUGUUUCAGUUGAUGACUUGAUAAGUAAAAUAAAUUCUGUUAAGCAAUUGUUAGAAGAUUCGGGAUAUACGGGUUUUGUUACUACUGCUGAACCUCCAGCUAGUUUCAUUUCAUAUCCACAAUUAUGUACUGAAUCUGAAAUUGAUAUUGUUGCUAUUAAUGUACAUUCUUAUUUCAAUGAAAAUAUCUCCCCAGAAAAUGCUGGCGGUUAUAUCAUGAGCCAGAAAGCACAAGUGGAGGAAAUAUGUACUGGAAAGGCAGUAUACGUUACAGAAACUGGAUACCCAUCUCAAGGAAUGACCAACGGUUUAAACGUCCCUUCUCCAGAAAAUCAAAGAAUUGCGAUUGCUUCUAUAAUAGAGGAAACUAAUAGCGAUUGUACUAUCUUGACUACUUACAAUGACUUCUGGAAACAACCUGGACCGUAUGGAAUUGAACAAUAUUUCGGUGUUAUUCAAUUGUUUGAAUAA